AUGGUCUUGUUGGUGUCCUUCUUCUUCUUGUCUCUAGAGUCAACGUCGCUACAACGUAUAGCGUCACCGACUGAGAAAUCGGCUCUUCUGGCGCUAAGGUCAUCGCUUGGUCUCAGAAGCAGAGAUUGGCCUUUAAAGGGUGACCCUUGCUUGAACUGGAAUGGCAUCAGAUGUGAGAACGGUAGUGUUGUUGGGAUCGCCAUUUCUGGGUUCAGAAGAACACGUCUUGGCGGAAGAAACCCGAGAUUCUCCAUUGAUUCCCUCUCCAAUCUGACAAGUUUGAUCUCUUUCAAUGCCUCCAAGUUCUUGCUUCCGGGUCCAAUCCCCGAUUGGUGUGGAUUGAGGUUGUUGACUUUGCGGGUCAUGGAUCUCAGUUCUUGUUCCAUCAUAGGUUCUAUCCCGAACAGUCAUGGAAACUUGACAAGCCUGAUAAUCGUGGACUUAUCAGAUAAUAACAUCACGGGAACCAUCCCUGCAAGUUUGACUCGGUUAUCUCGCCUCUUUGUUCUUGAUCUUUCAAAGAAUUCACUUAUUGGGUCUAUUCCUCUGUCAUUUACCACUUUUGCAAAUCUAUCAAGUCUCGAUCUUUCCUCCAACUCCUUGUCUGGACUGAUUCCUGCCAGUAUCGGGAUACUUUCAAAGCUCCAUCAUCUGAACCUUUCAAGUAAUGGCUUCUCGCAUUCUAUUCCUCCAUCGCUCGGUGACCUCAGUACUCUAAUGGAGCUUGAUCUCAGCUUCAACCGAUCUGAGGGGUUUAAGGAACUUACAUAUCCUUGCAAUCACUUCUCGGACGUGCUGCCUAAUAUCACUGCCAGUCCUAAUUCCACUGUCUUAGAACUCGACAUCUCUAGGAACAUGUUUUACAGAAAGCUCACAAUUUUGUUGAGAAGGUUCCGCAAUGUUGAACUAUCGAGAAAUUACUUCAAAGUUUUCUUACUUGAUUCUAACACGUUGGUAUCAGAGCCAGCGAUUCAGUCAUGGCGCCCAAGGAUCAACGUCUUGACCAAUUGGAGGAAGCAACUCAGAGGCUGUAAUCCAAGAUGGGAGAGAUUGAAUCGUCAAUGGUGGAAAUCUGGACAUAUGUUUAAAUGGGCUGAUGUGGCUGUGAUUGAAGAAGUCGAAAUUCUUGGUGAGAUGUUAAAGAAAGUUGUGGUGGAUAUGGAAGCAUUGAACGAGAAAAUUCUGAAGUUGAGCAUAAAUGAGGAGCUGUUGGUGUUUAGGAAAGAGGUUCUUGGUGAGAUGCAGAAGACCAGAGGAGAGAUUGAAGCAUUUAAGGCUAAUAUGCAGAAAGAUGUUUUAAGUGUAGUGUUCGAGGUUUAG